AUGGUGAUGAGUAGAAUUUUGACCAUUUACUCAGUAAACGUUCACAAUAAAAGAAGCCCAACACGGCUCCAUCCAAGAAAAUUUGUGGGUCAUGUUGUGCCAUGCCAUUGUUAUGAAACUUGCAGUCAAAAGCCAAAAAAAUUGGUGGUUCAAGUCCGCCUCUACAGUCUCUGCUACUUCGUGCCUUUUCAACUCACAGUCAGGAUGUCUGAAGAGCCCUUUAGGCCAAGGGAAAAGCUCGUUGAGAAGCAAAAGUUUUUUCAGAGCAUCCACAAACACACAUAUCUGAAAGGACCAUACGAUAAGAUUACUUCAGUUGCCAUUCCUUUUGCUUUGGCUGCUACUUCUUUAUAUAUGAUCGGAAGAGGGAUCUAUAACAUGUCUCAUGGGAUCGGGAAGAAGGAAUGA